CAUGAGUUCAAAUAAGAUUUAGUUGCAUAUUAUUUGCACUGACAAAGAUUUGACCAUACGGAUGAGAUGGAAAACUUUGUAGAUAAACGUAAGAUUUUCCAGAAAACAAAACAUCUCUAUUUAUCGCCAUGCAAAUAUACAGGGAACUUAUUAACUUUAUUAAAGUACUUCUAAUAAAUUAGCAUUUGCAUCAGAUGCCAACAAUCAUAAUUUUAAGGAUGGACUUCACAUUCUACAUAAAAGACAUUUUAUGACCUGAAGAAAAUAUUUAUGUAAUUGGCUUCUGAAAAAUAAAAUAAAAUAAACACCGAAGAAAAGUAAAUCUCAAGUUUGAUAGAAGACUCUCGAUUUAACUCCUAUCUUGAAUUUUGCAAGAUCGUCUUUCUGUGUUAAAUUAUUUUUUAAAUUGAUGCGGGUUUAUGGUUUGUGGUUUCUGGUUAAACCACAGCUGAAAACGGAAGUAAAAUGACCGUUAUGUUUACAUUAACAACCGUUACUAUUGGGAAUCGUCGUAUAAAACUCUGAGGUUUCCCAGGAGACAGUACAGAGAUAACAAACACAAGGAGGAAGCAUAUAUAAAGUUCUCAUUUCACGCUCAACACGAGUUUUGCUAAAACAUCUUCACUCUGUAAAAAUGUCGUACCUAGAGACAUCGCACUACCUGAAGAACUCCACAUUUGAUCCUCCUCCAUUCCUGAGUACGAAUGAUCAAUACAAGACAACGUAUAUCAAUGAUUACAGUCGGUUUGGACCUCAACUUAACUCCUCGGCUAACCCAGCUCCGCCGUUCCUGACCGGAUCUUCAAGUGGGUUUCCUGUUGGCACUGCCUUACAUGCCACAACUCCUAUAACCUCUCUACCAACUUCAAGUUUUGUGCACAAAAAUUCCAUGUAUACUCCUAACCAAUGGAGGACAUCGAACACACAUAACGUUAGCAACGGUGAGAGGGAACGAGCGACAGCAGAACGGCUACGAGACGAAUGCGCACGACUUCGUACAGAAACUGCUAUCAAAACCAACCGUACUCAACUUGAUGUGAACAACAAGUUAGAUGGCAGAAUAACGGAUGUCGACUUCUGGAAACAAGAGUUAAAUCGUGAACAUCGUGAAAUAGUUGAAGAAAUUAAAAUGUUACAACAGUUUAUAGGUCGCUUAGAGAGAGCCCUCGCUGCCACUGAACAACCCCUCAAUGUGGCAAGACAGAAUCUGGACUACAGAACACGACGCGUGAAAAUUGAUCUGGUGUUUGAUAAUGUUGAAGAAAUAUUAAAUAAGGUACGAAAUACCAAUAUUUCGGAGUUUACUCCAUCAUCAGUUUACAAAAACUACACAAAUUUUACACUCUAGCUUUCUCUGAUUCUAUACACAGCUUGCAUGUAACCCUUUUUUCAUGUUAUCCAUUUUUGAGACUUGUUACAUUUUUUGUGUUCACUUAAAGAUAUGUAAUUUUUAACUAUAUCAUUUCUUUUUAAUCACAGGAAAUGAAAACUAUUGAAGAUUUUCAAGCACUUUUCAAAAAAACGUUGGAACAAGCAAUGAAUAUGCUCUGGUAUGAUUGAAAUUGUUUAAUUUAGAAUAUUUUAACUUGCCGCGGUAUGUGUGGUUGCCAUAGAAAUAUCCCCAAACAGAAAUUUAUAGUUUACCGUGAGUCAGGGUAAACUAUCCCUGAGCGAUCUUCGAAAGCAAUUGCAUCAUUUGCAUGCAAUGUUUGCACGAAUGUCUCCGUGUUUUCCCACUCUUCGAUACAUUGUUCAGGAAACAAAAUUUGUUUCCCAGGAAGAAAAAAUGUCUUCCGACAAACCCAGCAGUUGUAUACUUUGUUUCCCUAUCUUCAGGAAACAUGGUUUAGAAUGGCAAUUUGAGUGGUAGACGUUGGAGAUAGUAAACUAGUAAAAGUAGAUCGCAUCAGGAUGCAUUGCCACUUAAAGGGUUAAUUCCAAUCAUCGAAAAACACGGACAGGAAAGUGAGGAAACAUGUACCCCAGGUAUCUAAUUGUGGUUCCCUGUUAUUAACAUACGUGCUUUCUGUUAUCAGGACACUACGAAACAUUAAGACGAUGUUGGAGAAUGACAUUUCUGGCAAGUUCACAGCGCUGUCCAUAGAUACUCACUCUCGCAGUUUAAACAAUCAUUCCAAAGGAUUGUAUUAUGCACCACAUGCUGUCUGUAUUCAGGCCAAGUAAGUUUAUAUGCAUAUCUUAAAUUGCAUUGGAUUUAAAGUCAUAACAGAUUGUUCAUGUAUGACCACAUGACCAUCGGUAUUAUAUAAUUGCGCAAUGUAAAAUGUGUAUUAAAAAGUGCGUAUAGAACUGAAGUGAAGAAACCCAGAGUAGCAUUGCUUGCAUGUGUACAUCCCACGACUAGUUAUGUGGACCCUGUAUGAUAGAGUCAGGAUCCUGCAAGAGUUACUGUGGUAGAUUCUCCUAUCCUAUACCCAGAAAGGUCAGAAGAACGAAGAUACGUACUGUAUUUUUCGUUUGCCGCAUGAAGAGGAAACACUCUUUCGUUUGAGCACAAUUAACUAACAACCACUUUAUGAAAAAUAACAUCUUCACAAGUGGGUUUGAUAAGGUACUUUAAAACUGUCUAACUACACCGCAGUCCUGAACAACAGUGGGAUCCUGGAUCCUGAGGAAAAUUUCCCUUGCCAGCCAGAUUGAGGCACGUUUUCAAUUUUCAUCAAACACUCUACCUCCAUGAUCAAUAACGUAACUUUCGUUUUGUUUGUAGUUCCUCUACUGUUGAUGGAUGGGAAGCUUUCUCUACCAACAAUAUUGCAAAAGCUGAACGUGAACGCAAGGCAUCUGUAGCAUUACGAAGUGAAAUCAACAGCAUCUUAAUGCAAAGUUUUGCUGACCUACGUGGCUUGUAUGAGAAUGUUAAUAAUAUAUUUGAUAGACGUAUUGAAGAAACAAUGGAAGCCAAGAGAAAGCUUGAACGAGAACUAGCACGGGUAAGCGAGAUUAUCCAAUCAAUUACCACUUGGUCAAUUAUACCGUACUAUCAUUUCGAGUUUUAAUAUAAUAGAAUAAAAUAGAAUGAAAUGCUACGAUAAUGUGAAUCCAUGCACAUUUAACGUUAUCUGCAUCGCUUUCCUUAAAGUUAUGAAAAAGAUAACUCAUAAUCGUACCAAAAUUGGUCGUUUAUUUGUAAGACGAUAACAUGUUGUAACAGGUCUACUAAGCCAUCUAUGCCUUGUACUUGUAGCGAGUUUUCAACAAAUAACUAGCUGAUAUCAUGGCUUGUUGAAACAAUCUUGAAGCAAGUUUGCUUUCGAACUGUGAAAACCAUCGAGUUUCGCCGUGCUUUUACGUUUUCACUUUUUUUAUACACUCACAAUUUUUGCUGCGAUUUCUAAACGAUUUUCGUCUUCUGAUACAUGUGAACGAGUAGAUGAGAUAUGAAUUUUCUGAGUAUAUGCAACUCAUCCACUCGUUCACAUACAUCAGAAGAAGAAAAUCGCACUGGAAAUCGCAGCGAAAAUUGCAAGUAUAAACGGCCUUUAGAGUUUAGUGUUACCUUGACCUUGUUUCAUCUCUUGCUUAUAAAAACGACCUCUCAGUCUCUUGAAAGUUUAAUUCUCAUUAAUGUCUUUAUUCAAUUUUCAGGUAAUUGAUGAAAUGAAUGCGAUGCAAAACAACAUUGAUAACCUUAGAAUGGCGAUCGCAGAGAAAGAAAAUCCUCUUAAGCUUGCUCAUACACGUUUGGACAAACGUUCACGACGACCUGGCAUUGAGUUAUGUGCUGAUGCGCCUCAGUAUCGUCUUGUUUCUGAAGUAGGUGAGAUAAAUGCAUCGGUUGAUCGUCUGAGACAACGUAUGGCUGAAUCACAACGACAACUGGAGAAUCUAGCUCAACAGAAAGCCAGUUUGGAAGAUGAUAUCAACACAAAAACCAACACCAUAUUCCUAGAUCGUGAUCAAUGUAUGACCGUCAGAAAGCAAGUUCGACACAUUCAACACUGAAUAGACACAUUGGACACUGAACUGUCAAUAUAUUAUAUACAUGGGCAUUUUUUUAUUGAGUUGAAAGCCUAUUUAACCACAGUAUUAGCUAUAGAUAUUUAACACUGACGUCCUUUUGAUGCAUGUCGGGAUUUUUAAUGAUUAAAAAAGUUAACAACCGGUAUAUUAAAUUCUUUCGUCACUGAACUGUCAACAUAUACUGUAUAGAGAUUUCCUAUUGAUCUAAAAGUGUUUAUAACAGUAACAAUAAUGAACUUGUAUAACACGGUAAUGACACCGUAUAUAAUAAAUAUAUCGUUUAAUAUAUUGUUUGUAUAUAUAUUAAAAUAUUG